AAAACACGUGUUUGGCGGGAACACAUUUUUACGGUUUUCGCGGGAAACGAGAUUUUUCGGUUUUGGCGGGAAAAUAAAAAUUUCCGGUUUUGGCGAGAAAACAUGUUUUUUUUUUUGUUUUGGCGGGAAAACACGUUUUUGCAAUUUUAGCGGGAAACACGUUUUGCGACUUUGGCGGGAAAACACGUUUUUUGUGUUUUGGCGGAAAAUAUAUUUUGGGGUGUUAGCGUGAAAACAUUUUUUUGUGAUUUUGGCAUGAAAACAUGUUUUUCGGUUUUUGUGGGAAAACACGUUUUUGCAAUUUUGAUGGAAAAACAUUUUUUUGCAAUUUUAGCGGAAAAAUGCGUUUUAGGGUUUUGGCGUGAAAAAGUAGUGUUUUGCACGGGAAAAAGUGUUUUUGUAGUUUUGUUAGUUUUCGUUUGUGACAAAAAUGAUAUUAUGUUUAGGUUUGUGAUAUGUGAAUUACAUUAAGGGUAUAAUAGACAUUAUACCAUUUUGAAUGAACCAUUUCCAUUCAAAUGAUCCAAAUUGGUUCAGCUAAAUGGACUUAAAAAUUAAGUCUAAAUUUCCAAAAGUCAUCCGGAUAAUCCAUCUGAAUGAGUUGCACUUUUAGUGUCUAAACAAACAAAACUCUCAUCUUCAUCCAGAUGGUCUAUUCAGAUGGAAAAACAAACAUGCCCUUUACAUAUUGGAUGGACCAUCUUAUAAAAUGGUGUUUACAACUUGUGGAAUCAUUUAUCAUUCGUACUAAAAGGCUAUAGAAAUUUCAACAUUAACAAGAAAUAUGACUUGCAAUCUAGUUAUUACGUCAUACAUCAUUUUGCAUAAUUCAAGUUGAUAUUAAUCUAUACUCUAUAUAGUAAGCUUCACAUCAAAAUAAUUAAUGACUCUACACCACACGUGGAGAAAAAGCAUAUAUUUGAUCAUGUUGUUUUCUCGCACAACAUGCCGUUUUCUAGCUAGCACGUUCUUUUUCUUUUUUUACCCUAAAAUGCUACAUUUUUCCAUCUAAGGAAGGCAACGAUGGCCAAGCCACCGAGAAAACACACUACCCAUCAUCCUCCGCCACCCUCGCUUUCUUCACUGCCUGAAGAAAUCGUUCUGAGAUGCUUAGCCCUUGUGCCAAGAAGCUAUCACCUAAGCCUCUCAUGGGUGUCACAAAACCUAAGAUCCCUCGUUCGCUCGCCUGAGCUCAACGGCUUGCGAUCCACCCGCCACAAGAGCUCCCUCUAUGUAUGUUUACGAAAUCAUUACAACGACACAUCCUUCCACUGGUUUACUCUCUGUCCGACUGAGGAAACAGCAACGACGACGACAGAGUAUCGAUUAGUUCCGAACCCAACUCCCUUCCCUCAUCCUAAGCACGGUUCUUUAACCGUUGUAGCGGGAUCAAAGAUCUUCUUCAUCGGCGGCGGAUCUAGCGAGCCUUCCUCGGAUCUAUGGAUCCUUGAUACACGAUCUGGGAACAUGACUAAGGGACCAAGCAUGAGCGUGCCUCGAGAGAAAGGCGAAGCAGCUGUGGGAGUGAUCGACGGGAAGAUAUACGUCAUCGGAGGCGGAGGAGGUUUACAGGAGGAAAGGUUUAACGAAGAGAUCCAAGUGGAAGUUUUUGAUCUGAAGUCGGAAACGUGGGAGCUUGCAGGGAUGGAGAACGUGCGUAAAACCUCACGGUGUAGCGCCUCGGUGGAGGGGAAGGUUUAUAUGGUGGAGUACGGGGAGAUAAAUGUGUACAACCCGAGAGAAUGUGAGAGGGAACGGAUGGUUCGUAUGGUAAGCCAGAGACUCGAACGUGGUCGAAAGGAUAUGUUAAAUGAUUCAGCGUUUAUUGUGUGUGUGGUGGAAGAUGUUCUCUAUGCUUUCUUUUAUCAGAGUGGGGUCAUGUGGUUUAAUACAAAGCUCAAUGUGUGGAGGAGAUUGUUGGAUCGUGAUGGGAAGGAACUACCUUUUAUCUUUCAUGUGGAUGCCAUGGCUGAAUACGACGAUGGUAAGCUAGUGAUUUUGUACAUGCUGAGUGAAAAGGAAGUUUAUCACACUGUUACCAAGAGUAUUCGGUGUAUGUUGGUCUCACUGCAUAGAUCUGGAGACAUGAUUUGUGGGACGGUCGAUUGGUCUGGUUCUAUGGGUACAGUCCCAGAUUCGGUUGAUUUUCUGCAUUGUUUAGCUGUUUCCGAUUGAUUGAUUGAUUGAUCAUAGUAUGUGUCCUUGUCUGUUUCUCGUUGAUUCCUGCGAAGACCAUUUACUAAAUA